AAAUAUAUGGGUACUGAGUAUGAUAAAACAUUGAUUUUACCCAGUCACUUUUUAUCAAUCGACUGCGCGUCUCAUCAUGACAUCCAGUGCUCUUUUCUUUACCAAACAAUUUAAAUUCCACUGUGCAAAAAAUUAUUUAAAUGUCAUCCGUAACUUCUCUGCAGUUUCAUCAAAGUUUGAAUUGCCGCGGCGAUUUAGAGGGAAUGAUAAAUCUGUCUGGGUCGAGUACAUUGAUUUGGGCCUGAAAUAUAAACCUUUGAAUCUCGGACAAGGAUAUCCUGAUUUUUUUGCUCCAAGUCAUGUGACUGAUGCAUUGGCUUCUGCUACUAAAAGUAAUGACCCACUACUUAAUCAAUACACAAGACCAUUUGGUCAUCCAAGAUUAGUAAACAUUCUUGGGAAACUUUAUUCAAAAGUUUUGAAUAGAAAUAUAGAUCCAUACAAUGAAAUACUUGUAACUGCAGGUGCAUAUGAAGCUGUUUAUUCAGCCCUGCAAGGCCAUACGGACAUUGGAGACGAGUGGAUUGUCAUAGAACCGUUUUUUGAUUGCUAUGAAUCUCUGGUUAAAACUGCUGGCGGUGUACCGAGAUUUGUAGCUCUAAAACCAAAAAAAACAACUGGGAUCAUAAGUUCAGCAGACUGGGUCUUUGAUAAAGAUGAAAUGUCAAGUCUCUUUAAUAAAAAAACCAAAGGAAUUAUUUUAAAUACUCCCCAGAAUCCUUUGGGAAAAGUAUUUACUCGGGAUGAGCUUGAGUUUAUUGCUGAUUUAGCUAAAAAAUGGGACGCAAUGGUGAUAUCUGAUGAAGUUUAUGAAUGGAUGGUUUAUGAACCGGCUCAACAUAUCAGAAUUGCAAGUCUACCGGAUAUGUAUGACCGCACAAUAACAAUUGGAUCUGCUGGAAAAACAUUCAAUGUAACUGGAUGGAAAAUUGGAUGGGCGUACGGCCCAGAGAAAUUGCUACACAAUUUAAAAGUUGUCCAUCAAAACUGCGUGUACGCUACGGCGACACCGACCCAGGAAGCGGUGGCGAUUGGAUUUGAGGCGGAGCUCAAGAGAUUCGGACAGCCUGAUUGCUACUUUGUGACACUGGCUCAGGAAUUGGUGCCCAAGCGCGAUUUCAUGGCCCAGUUUCUCUUAGAUGUCGGGAUGUCACCAACGGUACCCGAUGGCGGUUUCUUCAUGAUCGCGAACUGGAAAGCUUUGGAAGAUAAAGUCCCGCUUGAGGAAGAGACUGAUGUUUAUCGCGACUACAAAUUCACCAAAUGGAUGACGAAAAAUGUCGGACUCCAAGGAAUACCUCCUUCUACUUUCUACUCUCUUGAACAUAAGCAUUUGGGGGAGGAUAAUGUGCGUUAUUGUUUCAUCAAGCAGGAUGAAAAUCUUCAGAAAGCCGCUGACAUUUUACAUAAAUGGAACUCCCAAUUACAAAAGAAAUCUGCUUCCGCAUAA